AUGGAUCGCUGGCAUGAAAGCAUAGAAGAUGCGGCAUACGAACCACCAAAUGACGAAAAUCAACUCUCUGAGGAUGUCGGCUGCGAAGACAGUGGCAUCGAUGACAGACAUGGAGAUGACAGAGACAUUUCCAGCUACGAUGCGGAUGACCAUGAACGUGGUGAUUGGUCGACUGAAAAAGACCGCAUGAUAGACCCCGAGAUGCAGGAGCUUUCUGAGUAUCGGAGUCUCUUAUUUGAGAAUGUGGCGUAUCGAUGGCUUCUGGAGAGUCUACGCCGCGAGUGUCGCCUGGCUCCCGCGACGCCAAACUAUAUGGUUGAGACCAGACAGGGCAUUAUCAAGCACCUGCCGAGCUCUCACAUCAUGAGCAGACAAUACCCUGCGGAAACUUUCAAGGCUGUAUUCGAAGUGCGUUGGGAUCCAGUCACAUUUCUUCAGGAACAAGGCUACGAAGAAGCACGGGGUGACUUGAUUGAGACCUUCGUUACCCUCACCGGCUCUUCGACUGACGCUCAAGCUUUGACAUGCGUCAAAUACUUGGUACAAACAUGGCCGUUCUCUGGCGCAGAAAUUAUGCGCUUGGUGAAAGAGGUCAUAUCUGAUCGUCACAGCCAAGAGUACUCAUGCGGUUUAAUCGACGGUACCAAGGUCAAAGCUUGGAUAUCUGGGCCUUUGUUCAUGGUGGAAACUAUCGGGACAGCGUAUUCGGUUGCAGAAGUCGGUGAACAAUUCGCAUGGAUCGGUUCGGCGCUUCGGACUUCACCUUCCAGCUCAGAGUUUGCUUACUCAGUACCACGUCUUGAGGAAGCCCGCAUUGCGAGCCAAUCGGUCGAGCGACUCGAGAAGGGACUCAAAGCCCAUGUGAGAUUCUGUAUUACUUUCUCCGUGCAACAAGACAGUGAACAGCAAAUCAAAGCGCAAUGUCAAUGCUGGCAUAACAUGUUUCAAAACCCAGUCAUUGUGAAGGGUUACCCUAUACCGCGUCGAGUCGAGCCCAACACAGGUUUGGAGAUGCCAAUCAAUAUGAUGGCAGGCUUAGUGGGAACGAGACACGUUAACAUGUUUGACGGAAAGCUGUUCAUCAAGGGCCACGCGUCAAUGUUGAUACCGCGAAGACAAUACGGAGACCUGCUAUUAUGGCACUUCCUGCGACUUCCAAGCGGCGAACGCAUCUCAUACUUGCACGAAGCGGGCCCACAUAUAGAAGGCAUUGACAUGUCUCAUUUGAGCUCUUUGAGACACGUCGUUGGUUGGUGCUCACAAGCAAAAUUUGUCGCUGGAACCAAAGAAGCAUCAUACGACAUUAGGGGUACAGUACUUCCCAAGCCAAUUGGAGGACAUGGACUCCGAGGGAAGGAGGUUGCUCGUCUGGAUCAUGUUCCAAUUGGCGAUUGUUACACCUUCGGCUCCGUCGCCAGAGUUCCUACCAACUUCCAAUCUCAAAGCCUAAAGUUCUUCUCCAAGACAUUCGUUGUGCUAUGGGACACAGAAGAUGAGCGAGGAUGGAUCGUUAACGGUACUACUGCCUUUCUACAUGUCUUACGCGCUUCGAUCGAAAGCGAUAGAAAGGGUGUUGUUAGUUCAACAUGUCUCAUCAAGCCGGAAAUGAUGCAGGAUGCGGAAGGACCUCAUUCUGCUGACUCAGCCAUGGAGGUUCUGCUGAAUCCCGAGCACAGAGAGCUGAAGAUAUUCAAGAACAAAGACGGCUACGAUAAAGUACAGGACCGGAUUGAACAUUUUGUUCAUAUUUUUGAAAAGAUUAUAGAUCACCAGAUCAGAGCGGCCACAGCCAGUCCAAUAGAUGAGCAACACGGCGAUGAUUCGCAUGAGCCCCUUGAAGGUUGGGACUUCAUGGAUCUGGCUAAUCAGGGAUCUCCUCUGUAUCCAUGUAUGGACACCAUACCUACGGCUGAUCAAAGCUGGACUGAAGUAGUCCGAGCACUCCACGCGGUCACUCUGUUCGGCGUCGGAUUUGGCAAUCUCAUCCAACCAGAGGAUUCUUGCAAUCUCUGCAAUUACUGGGAGCAAUUGCCGAAGAACCAGCACUACUUAGCCACUUUAACGUCUGACUUCGGUGUCAUCCUGAACCUUGUCCACAAGCGCCUUGACAAUCCACAAACGUUGUUCCACAGUAUCCUACGACAUCAUCCGAGCAGACCGGUCCAGCCAUGCCCCUGUUCGAAUGAAUAUCUUUCCAAACACGCUGAGACAGCGCGAAUCCUACAAAAACGAGCGCCUGCUCCAGCCUCCUACAACAUCUAUUGGGACGGAUCGGAGAUACUAGGUGCAGUUCUGAUAGGUGCCAGAAGCUACUCCCACAGGCACGAGGCAAAAUCCGCUCCAGAUCUUUCUAGAAACUACAUUUCAGUCGAGUCCGUUACUUCGCCUAUGAGCCAACCGUCGCCCAAAAGAUGCUUUAGCAGUUACACAGUAGAUCAACCAGCGUCAAAACGGAUGUUCAACGACGCCAUUUCUGCGCUUGACAAACGACCUUGCCAGCCUACGAGCCGUAGCGAGUUUCAAAUUGCUAUACUGUGCGCUCUGCCGGUCGAAGCCGAUGCGGUUCAAGCCUUCUUUGACGGCACGUGGUGCAACUACGGACAAUUCCAUACAGACAAAAACACAUACACUGUAGGCCACCUUGCUGGACACAACGUGGUCUUGGUACAUAUGGCUGGUAUGGGCAAACGCGAAGCGGCAGUGGCCUCGAUUUCUCUCAAUCAGAGCUUCGAGGGGAUUAAAUUAGGGCUUGUUGUGGGUAUAUGUGGUGGCAUCCCCUACCCCACACUAAGCCCUCCAACGGAGAUUCUACUGGGCGAUGUGAUCAUUAGCACUGAUCUUGUACAGUAUGACCUUGGAAAGCAAUACCCGGUCGGUUUUGUCAGAAAGGACAACCAUCAUGACAGUUUGUCCCGGCCGGACGGAGCAAUUCGGUCUUUCUUGAAUAAGAUUCAAGGCCGCGUGGGACACCGUGAGCUGGCUAGGCGUACCGCUUCUAAUCUGGAAGAAGCCUGUAAGACACUAGAUGACGACGGCUUCAAGUAUCCUGGAUUGGAAAAAGAUAAGCUCUACCACUCCACUCAAGGGAUACGGUCUGAGCACCCAACACAUACAGAAACCGAUCAAUGGAUACACUUUGGCUAUGUAGCAUCUGGCGAUACUGUUAUGAAAUCUGGCGAGGACAGAGAUAGGAAAGCUAAAGAAGAGAAGGGAAUUCUGGGGUUCGAGAUGGAAGGCGCAGGAGCAUGGGAAGAGAUCCCAACCAUAGUGAUCAAGGGUGCAUGCGAUUAUGCAGAUAGCCAUAAAAACGAUGACUGGCACUGGUACGCAGCAGGUUCUGCUGCCGCUUGCAUGAAAGCGCUUUUACAGGAGUGGCCCGUUUUUGAUAGCGGCCAAACAUCUGGAGUAUCUGCGCACAAGCGCCGAAGGGUCUGA